AUGAAAAUACCGAUUGACUUUCAUUUUUUCCUUCAGAUUAACCCUGCAGAUCAAAAAAUGGAACCCUGGAAUUGGAUAAUGCGUUGGUUAGACAUUAUCGAUCCAGCAGUAAUUGUUGACUUGCUUGAACGUUUCUUCCUUCCCCGCUGGAUUCACUGCUUAUCCGAUUGGCUUGCCCAAGCCGCGGAUGCUCGAAAUCGACGUCUUCCAAAUGCUGGACAGAUAUUCAGUGAAAUCGGUACCUGGUAUUCAGGCUGGAAGAGUCAAAUUCCGACUGCAUUGGCCGACUAUCCCAGUGUAAAGGAUGCGUUCACUCAGGCGCUUAGUCUUAUGGAGCGGGCUAUGAGAGGUGCCCCUAUAGAACCUUUACAACCCUAUGGAAGAAUGGGAGGCUUCAACAAUCAGAGACCCUCUUUCAUUCCUCCCCCAACUCUUCCGCCUAUGCCACCGACUAGUCUUAGGGAGCAAGUGGAACAGACUGCUGCAAGACGAGGAUUUCUUUUCCACCCAAUUGCAAAUCGAUUCCUCGAAGGGAAGCAGGUUUAUCGACUAGAGAGUCAACAGGUGUACUUCGAUCGAAAUGUGGCGUAUUGUUUCAACUCCUAUGACUCUACAUGGCGCCCUGUGUCGUUUUCGGAACUUAUGGCUAUGGCAGAGUAG